AUGAAGAUGAACGUACUGUCUCUCGUUACUCUCGCCCUCGGCUUCAUCGAGCGGGCCGCAGCGCACCCCGGAAUGCGCCGGGUUCUCGAGGACCUUUCCUCCAUAGCUAAGCGACAAGCCUCUUCCGUCGCAGCAACUGAGCUCAUCGGCGAUCUCGCCACAUUACCGGACAGCGCCCUGUCACCCCCCGGAGCCGCAAUCAAGAGCAUCUUGCUGGGUAGCGGGACGGCGGAAGACCUCUCCACCACAUACACAGCACCCGGCCAGCUCGGGUCAAGCAAGUGCCGCAACGACACGUGCUGCGUGUGGAAGUACGUGGCCGACACCAUGGCAAGCGCAUUCAAGGAUUCUUCGGGCCAGUGCACCGAGCUGGCGCGCCAGGCCAUCCGCAUGGGCUUCCACGACGCCGGCACCUGGUCCAAAUCCGAGGGUGGCGGCGGCGCCAACGGUGCCAUCGUUCUCGCCGGCGACUGGACGCGCAGCGAGAAUCGCGGGCUCGAGGAUAUCGCGGUCCAGAUGUCGGUGUGGUAUGCGCAGUACCACCCGUACGGCGCGGGGAUGGCCGACCUGGUCCAGAUGGGUGCGACAGUGGCCGCCGUGACCUGCCCGCUCGGGCCCCGAGUGCGGUCGUUCGUCGGGCGGCCCGACAGCUCCGCGCCCGAUCCCGAGGGCCGGCUGCCGGAGGUGACGGACAGCGCCGAGGAGCUUGUGGCCCUGUUCGCCGACAAGACCAUCUCCCUCGGCGAGCUGAUUGCGCUCGUCGGCGCCCACACCGUCAGCAGGCAGCGCUUCGUCGACCCCUCCAAGGCCGGCGCGCCGCAGGACACGUCGCCCGGGGUGUGGGACGUGUCCUUCUACAACGAAACCAUCAGCACGCCACCACCGCCCGGCGUGUUCGUCUUCCAGAGCGAUCUGGCGCUGGCGCGAUAUCCCGCCUCCGAGGGGUUUUGGUCCGCAUUCUCCAACCCGGCCAACGACCAGGCUGCUUGGGCCGCGAGCUAUGCUACGGCCUACGUUCACCUCAGCGUGCUUGGCGUCGAGCAUAUCAACAAUCUUACAGAAUGCACCGGCGUGCUGCCGUUGCGCAACACUCAGGCGCCAUGA